AUGACCUUCUUCCCCAUGCCGUGCCUGUACGCCGUGAUUGAGAUCGACGUGGAGAAGACUUUGCUACCUCUCAACGAUCCUAUCGCGAGCGCUGCCGGGGCCGCCAUCAAGACGACGAAGUGUAUCGUGUACCUGGACGUUCUUCUGCAGCUUCCUUUCCCCGGAAACUCGACGUUCAAGUAUAUGGUGCACCUCGUCGGUCCGGGGUUGCGCCCAGAAGACCCAGAGUACUGUUUCACCCCCGAUAUGUGCAUCCCCAUCUACCCGAAUACUCAGCAUCCCUCCGGUACCCGCGAGCCACUGCGCCCGCAACCCUCGUUUCCGUUCGCCAACUGCUACCACUGGAUCGGACCCGACGUAGUCAUGGACCUCCGCAUCUGGAGCGAUGGGCGCAGAUACACUCCGGAGGAACGGGUGUCGCUGCCUCCCCUUCAGCACGUGGAUAUGGAGUACAUCCGAGCUCACGACAUCUCAAAGAGUGCGCGCACUUGGGAAGCGAAGACCGGAUUCUCGGACAUCGCGAACGCUGCCCUCGCCCCAGAACCCUCGUCAGAGCAAGAGACCGCAGUGCAGAAACUGAAGGACGGUGUAUCUCUGCGCUCACGCUCUCCACCACCGCCGGGGAGUGAGCUCGGACAUGAGCAACGUUCUCCUGCAGCAUCGUCGAUUCGGUCCUCGCAUAUGGGCAACUAUCAACCGGGCGAGCGAUAUCAUGAUGACGAUGAGUCUCGGGCGGACUGCGAGUCCGUGUAUAGCUCACAGUGUGACUCCGAAUCAUCGAAGUCAUUUAUCUACACCGGUCCCGAGGGAUCCGAAGCCCAUUGUGGGGUGGACGUCUUCGGUCUAGACUCUGACGCGAACCAGGAGAAUCGUCUACCCAUUGUUAACAUGUGGCUUGACAUCGGUGCGCAUUUCGUGGAAGAAGACAUUCCCGACCCAAUGGAGUUCGUGAAGCAGUAUGAUCAGCUAGUCAGGGUUGUCGUAGAGAGCCAGGCUCGGACAAAUGCUCACCAUUUCGCGCAGACGAGCCCCGAGUGCGAGACCCCUGCCCUGUGCUCUGAGCCUGAGGUUCAUUGCGUCGGAGUGUUAUCGAGCGACAGGGUCCGAAAGGAGCCGAACGCAAAACCUGAAGGCUUCUGGACGCGAGUUGCGAACGUCUCUAGCUCUCUGUUGAAGCGUGUCUUCUGA